GCUAGGUGAUGACGUGCCUUCCGUCAUAAGCAAAGCGACGGGUGUUUAGACGGGUUCUGUUCCGGAGCGCCGGUCCCUCGAUCCCUUUGACCCUCUUAAGACCUAAAAGAGGGGAUGUCGCUACGCUGCGGGCAUGCGGCCCGCAGCCUGGGGUCCCGGGUAUUCAGAAGAUAUUUAUAUGGCUCACUUAGAGCAAUAAGUUCUUUGCCAGAUAAAAAGAAGGAAUUUUUACAUAAUGGACCAGACCUUCAAGAUUUUAUGUCUGGUGAUCUUGCGGACAAGAGUACCUGGGGUGAAUAUAAAGGAAACUUAAAGCGCCAGAAAGGAGAAAGGUUAAGGCUACCUCCAUGGUUAAAGACUGAGAUACCUAUGGGUAAAAAUUACAAUAAGCUGAAAAAUACACUGCGGAAUUUAAAUCUCCACACAGUGUGUGAGGAAGCCCGAUGUCCCAACAUUGGCGAGUGUUGGGGAGGAGGUGAAUAUGCCACAGCCACAGCCACGAUCAUGUUGAUGGGGGACACAUGUACAAGAGGUUGCAGAUUUUGUUCCGUUAAGACUGCAAGAAAUCCCCCUCCAUUGGAUGCCAAUGAGCCCUACAAUACGGCCAAAGCAAUUGCAGAGUGGGGUCUGGACUAUGUUGUCCUGACAUCAGUGGAUCGAGACGAUGUGCCUGACGGGGGAGCUGAGCACAUUGCCAAGACCGUGUCAUGCUUGAAGGAACGGAAUCCAAAAAUCCUUGUGGAAUGCCUCACCCCUGACUUCCGGGGAGAUCUGGGAUCAGUGGAGAAGGUGGCUCUGUCAGGGCUAGAUGUGUAUGCACACAACGUAGAGACUGUUCCAGAGCUACAAAGGAAAGUCCGUGAUGCCCGGGCCAAUUUUGACCAGUCUCUUCGUGUAUUGAAGCACGCCAAGGAGGUCCAGCCGGAUGUUGUUUCCAAAACAUCAAUAAUGCUGGGCCUGGGUGAGACUGACGAGCAAGUCCAUGCCACGAUGAAAGCACUGCGUGCAGCUGACGUGGACUGUUUAACUCUAGGGCAGUAUAUGCAGCCAACAAAGCGCCACCUAAAGGUUGAAGAAUAUGUUACUCCUGAGAAGUUCAAAUACUGGGAAAAAGUAGGAAAUGAACUUGGAUUUCAUUAUACGGCAAGUGGCCCUUUGGUGCGGUCUUCGUAUAAAGCAGGCGAAUUUUUCCUGAAAAAUCUAGUGGCUAAAAGAAAAACAAAAGCGUCUAAAACUUAGUCAAGACCUUCAAGAUCACAGGAGCUUUAAGAUUUUGCUUCCAGUUGGUAGGAGAGUGAUGCCAGCCUCUCAGGAUGCCUGGGCGCGCACACCAGUGCUGUUUUGUCUGAAAUGUCUGGUGUCUGAUCCAUGC